UUUUUUUUUUCAUUCAAUUCCCCCUGCCCUGUUAUUCUAAGUUUUAAUUUCUUAUUUGUUUGUUAAUUCCAGCUGCUUGGUUUCUCUGAUUACUAUACAAAAAGAUGUUACAUUUGAAUUAAACAAUCAUCAUUUUUCAGAUUGUAAAGGUCUACUCUCAAUAUCUAUUUUUCUGUUCUAUUCUCUGUUUAGUAAGGCUGUAAAGGGGUUAGAUAUGAAGCUGAUAUGUCCAUAUAUAUGUGAUAUCUGCCCCAAUUAACCAAAUGUGUGUUUUAAGGCAUCCCCAACAAACUCUUCUUUAAAAUCUUUUGCUGUGACAAUAUAGAGCAAAUAUAUCUCAAACUCUUCUUGAAAACCCAUAUUAAUUUUGCUACUAUACUAUUCAUGCAACAAGAGCAGCUAGCAGCCAUGACAACACAAAGGGUCUUCUUCCUUUGUGGGCAAGAUCAUAGAGACCAGUCACUGACAAGGCUUCUGUUGUUAUGAUAAUUAAAUAGGUAGAUUCACUCUAUCUCCUCUUAUCUCCUACUUCAAUUAUCAUUCAGCAAGCAAGAACUAUGACAAGACAAAGGGUGCGCUUUGGGGGCAACAGCAUAGAGACCACAGUCACUGAUAAGGCUUCUGUUGUCAAAGAUUGGGUGAGUAACAUCAGCUCAUGGUACAAUGGAGACCGCAUCGUUGGCUUGGACUGCGAAUGGAAGGCAAACAAGAGUAAAGAAAUGAACAACAAACCUGCUACCUUGCAGCUUUGUGUCAAUAACAAGUGUAUCAUACUCCAACUAUUCUACAUGGACUACAUUCCCCAGUCCUCGAAGGAUUUCCUUAAUGAUCCUACUUUCACCUUCGUGGGUGUGGAUAUUGAUGAGGAUGUUGAAAAACUUAGGAAUGGCUAUGGACUCAACUGCAGUAGCACUACUGACUUGAGGGAAUUGGCAAGAGAGAAAUGGGCCGGUCGUUGGUCUCACCCACUCCAGCCUGGAUUGAAGGUUCCUGCCAAAGAAGUGGUGGCCCUUUCUAUGGAAAAGCCUGAAGCUCUAACUUGGCAGAGUAAUUGGGAAGACAGGGAACUUUCUCAGGAACAAAUUGAAUAUGCUUGCAUUGAUGCUUAUGCCUCUUAUAGAAUUGGUGAAAAGAUGCUCAUGGCUAAUGGUUUUUCUUUGUGGCCAUUAAUGAAACUACUUUUUGUCAUUUUUAUUAGUUAUUUAGUCCUCAGUAUGUUGAGGGCUCGACUGCUUGAGGCUUCAUGCUUUGUUACUCUUCUGUAUAUAGUUUUAUUUUCAGAUACAUGGCAGGAUUCU